AUGUCAAAAACAGAACCUUUGAGUUUGGAGCAACUAUUGGCCAAGAAGAAGAAGCUUGAAGAAGAAGAAUCGAAAGUAAGAAAGAGUUUUAAGAUGCUUUUAUUUUCUUAAAACGUCCUUAUAAUGCGUACUUUUUAGGUUAACUUUAAAAUUUAAACAAGUAUUAUUUUUAGUCGUUUUAUUUUGAUUGAUAGUUAAAAUGAUUUACUUACUUGAUUUUUUCAGCCAAAGUUCUUAACAAAAGCAGAAAGAGAAGCGUUGGCUUUAAAGCGACGACAAGAAGAAGUUGAACAGAAGAAGAAGGCGUUAAAGGAAGCCGAAGAAAAGAGGAAGAAGUUUGAAGAAGAAGCAGAGAAAUGUAUGUUUGCCAAUUAUGUUUUUUUUUAUUUUCUAAAUUUAGGUAAAGACAAAGGCGACAGAAGACAUAGAGACAGAGAUAGACGAAGAAGGUCCAGAAGCAGAGAAAGACGUUCUAGGAGUCGCGAACGACGUUCCAGAAGCCGAGAACGACGAUCUAGGAGUCCACGGGAGAGAAGAGAAAGGUCUAAAGAAAGAGAUCGCAGGAGGGACAGAAGUACUGAAAAGGAUCAUAAAAGAAGGUCAGACAAGGAAGAAAAGGUGGAUGAUCUUGUUAUUGAUCCAAAGAAGCAACAGGAAGCUAUUAGGAGCAGAUAUUUAGGUAAGAGGUUUGAAAAGGUGAAAUUUCGUUAGUUUUUAAGGGUUUUCUUGAAGUUUUUUAAUGUUAAACUGCUUAUAAAGAGUCAUAACUUUAAAUUCUUAAUUUGUAAGAUUUUAAGAAUGCUUAUGCUUCGUUACUUGCGUUGUUUAAGCUUGCAUCAGUGAUAAUAUUAACUUUGUUUUAGGUCAACAAAAGGAAAAGAAGAAAAGGAGCAGAAGACUUCACGAGAGAAAAUUUGUAUUUGAAUGGGAUAAUUCAGAAGAUACAUCAGCAGAUUAUGACAAGCUCUACCAAGAACGACAUGAAGUUCAAUUCUUUGGUCGAGGAUCGAUAGCUGGUGUUGAUGUUAAUGCUCAGAAGAAGGAAAAGGCCGAGUUUUAUCAACAAAUCAUGGAGCAACGACGGACUGAAGGUCAGAAAGUGCAGGAAGAACACAGGUUUGUUAACGUUUUAUGUGUUUUUUAGGAAGUUUGGGUAUAUUUGAUUUUUUUUGUUAUUAUAAAAUUCUCUAACUGACUAUUGUGUAUUUUACAUUAAAAUAAUAUUUUAGGUUGGAAGUGGAACGUAAAAGACAGAAGAAAGAAGACCACGAUAAUCGUCAUUGGACAACAAAACCGUUGGCAGAGAUGCAGGACAGAGAUUGGCGUAUCUUCCGAGAAGACUUUAACAUCACAAUCAAAGGUGGCAACAUUGCUAAGCCGAUCAGAAACUGGGAGGAAGCUGGACUGCCGAAAGAAGUGCUGGAUGUUAUACAUAAAGUUGGCUACAAAGAGCCUACACCAAUCCAGAAGCAAGCCAUACCUAUUGGCCUUCAGAAUCGAGACAUUAUUGGUGUAGCCGAAACAGGAUCAGGUAAAACAGCGGCUUUCCUGAUCCCGCUGCUGGUCUGGAUUACCCAAGUUUCUAAAAAUAAAAAGCCGGCUGGUCCAAUCGAUCUGACAAUGGAUGUGGAUGACUUUGAUAACGGACCGUAUGCUGUUAUUCUGGCACCCACAAGAGAACUGGCACUGCAAAUUGAGGAAGAAGCUAGGAAGUUUGGAGAUCAGCUGAAUCUGAAGACAGUUUGUGUGAUUGGUGGAGCUAGCAAGGAGGAGCAGGCACUGAAGAUGAGAAUGGGGGUUGAUGUAGGUUCAGGUUUUUGUCGUUUUGCAAGGUUAAAAUGAUUUUUUCAUUAUUUACAAUUAAAGUUAGUUAUAUGGUUUUAGGUUGUAAUCGCCACCCCAGGUCGUUUGUUGGAUGUGUUAGAGAACAGAUACAUCGGUUUGAGUCAAUGUUCAUACCUAAUUAUGGAUGAGGCUGAUCGUAUGUUGGACAUGGGUUUCGAAGACGAUGUGAAGAGGAUCCUGGAGUAUAUCCCAGUAACGAAUCUGAAGCCAGAUACAGAUGAAGCUGAGAAUGCGGAUUCGUUGAAGGCUGACUUUUUGAAGAAGAACAAGUAUCGACAGGUAAGACUGACGUUGUAUAAGAAGUUUGUGAACAUGAUUUUGAAUUUUAGUUCAUUUUAGUAUGGCAGCAUAAAAGCCUUGUCGCUUUUGAUCAGGAAGAGCUUUGCGACUUGGCGACAAGACUUUUGUGACGCCUUACAUUAAUACAAGUUACCUUUUCAGACAGUCAUGUUUACAGCCACAAUGAAUUCAGAAGUGGAACGCCUAGCUAGGCAAUACCUCCGAAGACCAGCCGUGGUAUAUAUCGGAUCAGCUGGAAAGCCGACUGAAAGAAUAGAACAAGUCGUCUACAUGAUUCCGGAAGAAGCCAAGAGGAAGAAGCUGCUGGAAGUGUUGUCAAAUCACUUCAAACGCCACGAACCUCCAGUUAUCAUCUUCGUCAACCAAAAGAAGGGCGCUGACAUAUUGGCCAAGGGAUUGACUCAAGUCGGCUUCAAUCCGGUCGUUCUUCACGGCGGUAAGAACCAGGAGCUGAGAGAGUUUGCCCUACAAGCGUUGAAGGACGGCUCCAAAAACAUUUUAGUCGCUACGAACGUAGCUGGUCGUGGUAUCGAUAUUAAGGAUGUUACACUUGUUCUUAACUAUGACAUGGCCAAGACAAUAGAAGAAUACACACAUAGGAUUGGCAGAACGGGUGGGUUUAUUUGUGUAGUAUUUCUUGUACCUUCAUAUUGAUACUGAUAGUACUGUGAUAUGGUUUUCAUGCUAUAAGAACCUUAUUUUCGCCAUUUUCAGGGCGUGCCGGAAAGCACGGUAAAGCUGUCACGUUCGUCACACCAGAUGACCAGGACGUGUUCUACGACCUGAAACAAAUGUUGUCCGAGUCGCCCGGCUCCUCCUGCCCUCCAGAACUUGCGAAUCACCCAGCGGCUCAACACAAACCCGGCCAAUUCGUCCCCAAAGGCCGCCAAGAGACGCUGUUCACUUGA